AUGACUGAACGUUCAAUGAUCCAGGAUUCUUCUCACGAUUCGCGACAAACCCCCAGUGCCACCGAUGACGAAAAUCCAAGCGAUCAUUCGAAACCGAUAAGCCGCGCUGCUGCCAUAGGCGCGACACUACUCCCGAAAUCGAUUGCGUCCGUGGUAUCCUUCAUCGCCCAGUCGACUUCGCUUUCUCUACGCGUUGGGACGUAUUUCGGCGGUGCGGCCAUUGGAGGGGCCAGGGUCACGACCCUCACAGGCCUAGAACUCAGCAGAGCCCUUGUAGAGGCCGUCCUGACGAGGGCCGGCCGCGAUGUGGCAGGACGCAGCAAUGGCGAACUUGGCCGGUUGGAAGCAGAAUCUGUCCUGGAACGCAGUUUGGAGGCGUUGCACUCGACAGUGACCUCGGCUUCCUUCUUUGCGGCUGCGGGGUUCCAUCUAUCUGAAGUCACGCUUUCUUCGCUAUCGAACCUGACUCAGAACCUGCUUUAUACGCUUGAUGCAAUCCUAGGAUCAACGGAGUCCUCACGAGCCAUUGCAGCCAUCAUCACGCUCAUUCAUCGCGAAUUUAGCAAGAACGAAGGGGGCGACGACAAUGAUUUGGUGGGAGUGGGGGAUCUCCUCGUCGGCUCGAUUGGGUUUGCCCUGUUACAACGCUGGGGAAGACUGAAUACCGAGAGGCAACUGCGCGAAAGUGAGGGCGAAGUCACCAUCUGGGAUGUUGUGAUCUUAGACAAUGGCUUGAGGGCCGACGUUAUCGGAACUCAGACACAAGAAUACGCAGAGAGCACCACGAACGGCUUAUCAUCUCGUCCAACGUCAUUUCUAUCUCCUGGGAGAAACGAAGAACCCUUCGAGGCGUUGGAACAUGUUGGUUCGCGCCCAAAUACCCCUGGUCAGCGUUGGAAUUUCUCGCCUGAAGAACAACCCCAACUGUCCGACGAGGACAUUCGUCUAUACAUCAUGAAACAACUACCAAAAGGUAGCCGUGCUUCUGUAAGGACAGACCUGGUGACUGCACGCACUGUCACAGUUGAUGUCUAUGACGAUGACACCGCUGAAAUCGCUGCUCCGCCAGGAACAACGAUGGUCGAGGAAAGAUUUCACAACGAGCAAGUCUCUGUGGGAGCAAGGCGCCUCCCGAAGCACACAAUAGUGUUCCGCACAGCAUUCAAUGAAUCUCAAAGCGCAGAUUUACAUCCAGAGGACCUUCAUUGCCCCCCGACCUCGCCAAUUUUGUCUAAUAAACACAAAAAUAACCGAAACGUAUCUCAUCAAUCCAAAACGGCGUCUAAUCCACGCAAUGGCACCGAGAAAACCAAGUUCGCCAAGAAUGACCCCGCCCAUAAAACUCCUCAGUUAUCUGACUCGACGGAAACAAUUACUGAUAAAGGAGAAAAACGACCUCGCCGUGUGACUAGUUCUUCUUCAUUGAGUGGUUCUGAAACCCCGCGCAAUUCUUUUGGCAAAGCAUCUCUCUCGAAAUUUGCGCAGAAGGUGAAAGCUGCACCUACAGAAAAGCCCGGUGUGAGCAGUGCGAAAGGCCUUAUCAAGAAAGCACCGAAGAAGUCCAGUGGCUCCAACACACCGGUAUUGCCAGAAGCAAUCAAUAAACCGAAGACGGAAACUCUGGCCGGGGCUUCUAUGGCAUCAAGAGCUCGAAUUCCCAAGGCCAAAGAGAAUAAUCGACCUCAAGCACCUACGUUGGCGAGCGUGAAUAAGACACUUCCUCGGGUUCCGCCAAAGGACUACUCCAGAUAUAGCUCAACACCGUCUCCAAUAACAACUAAAGCGUCUCAGCAUCUCAGGUCUUCGUCAAGGACGGACUUCUUCUCAGUUAAUAACAGGACUGAUGCUGACUCAUACUCGAUCUGCUCGGUCGACAGUCGCCCAGGAUCGGCCUCAGUUACUCGGACACACUUUCGGAGUAGCAGUUCACUGUCUAGAACUCGACAGGAAGAUAUCAAUAGAGCUUUGAACCGUGAUUCAUCGCCGUCGCACCGGAGAUCUCAUUCAUUCGUUCCUAGUAUCUAUUCGAUGGCAAAUGGCUCCGAAACCUCUCUAAUUCUAGCGCCUCGGCCGCGCAAGAGUAUAUAUGAAGAUGAGUCAACCAUUGUUGGUCUCAAUCGCAACGGCCUUGUGCCAGGAAUCUUUCCACAAAAUCAUUUAGUCAAUAAUGUCCGGCGCUUUUGUCGUUUCUCGUCUGCAUCAUAUGGCUCAAAUGCGCUCAAGGUUAUGGGGAUACCACACAAUCAGAAAAUGAUUCAGCACCAUGACUCGGAUAAUCAUGAGCAUAGUUCGUUUUCUAAUAUGACCGGUCUCCCUCCAUCUACCAUCCUCCUUUCAUCAUAUGUUGAUCCCGAUGGCGGUAGCAACUCUAUCGGAGAAACGCAAUCUGGGUUUCCACUCGUGCAUUACCUUUCCCUCGAUCACGAAUCCAAAGCCGUGGUGUUGACUUUGCGAGGAACUUGGGGCUUUGAGGAUAUAUUGACGGACAUGACCUGCGACUACGACGACCUAGAGUGGCAAGGUAGAAGCUGGAAAGUUCAUAAAGGCAUGCAUGCUUCUGCAAGUCGGCUACUAGAAGGUGGCGGAGGAAGAGUCAUGGUAACAAUCAAAGCUGCGCUUGAAGAAUUUCCAGACUACGGUGUGAUUUUUUGCGGUCACUCACUCGGUGGCGGUGUUGCAGCAAUCCUGGCGACAAUGGUCUCGCAGCCUAGCAAUCAAACUCAGGGCCCUUCAUUCGUGACAGCGUCAGCUCUUCAAGCAGCAGGUCCUCUGCUUUUAACGGCAGAUCAUCAGCAACAAGCAGACAGAGUCUUUUCCCUGCCACCGAAUCGGCCAAUCCACGUUUAUGCAUUUGGCCCACCAGCAUGCAUGUCACCUUUCCUACGGCGAGCCACGCGUGGUCUCAUCACUACCGUCAUCAAUGGGAAAGAUAUCGUCCCCAGUCUAUCACUUGGUACUUUGCACGACUUUCGAGCCGUGGCGUUGUCUUUCAAAAAUGAUACCACCGGCUCGAAGUCGCACAUUCGCUCGCGUCUUUUGGACGGCCUAAGACAGAGUAUUGUGAAUAAGUUCUACGUCAACCAACCCCCAAUACCAAUGAACGCUGGAGAGGGCCUCGGUGAGGAUAGCUGGGCGUGGUCUGCCCUUCAAAGCCUUCGUGAAGAGAUGACAGCGCCCAAACUCAUACCCCCCGGCGAAGUCUUCGUUGUCGAUACUAUGCGCGUCUUGCAGCGGAACCCCUUCACAACAGCAGCGACUACACACGAUAGCCAUCCCCAGCUUGGCCGGCCGGCUACCAGAGCCCAACUCAAGUUCAUUCGAAAUGUCGAGUCGUAUUUUAGUGAGCUCAGAUUUACCUCGGGCAUGCUGAGUGAUCAUAAUCCGGCGAGAUAUGAAGCCAGCUUGGCUGCGUUGGCUCAGGGCGUCAUUGAUGAUUGA